GCACCUGAACAAGCGUUUUCUUCUCUUUCACAAUCAAACACCCAUCAAGAGUCCCCAGCGCGCAGGCAGACACUUCCUGAAGCUGGCGAGGCAGUAUUAUCACUGCUUCAGGAGCAUCUGAACCCAGAAGAGACCAACACAGAGUCCACAGUCAGUCAUUCACCAGCUCUACUGUGUCUUCUGCCAGAAACAUCUGCUGCUGCUCAAAGGAAGCUGGUGGACGCUUCUCAGACAUCUGCUGGCUCAUCUCAGCCGCUCCAUCAAGGCUUUCAGCCAACAUUUGAAGAUCCCGGACCCUCGGUCUUCUCAUCUCCAGCUCACGUCAAUAACACCAGACGUCCUCCAAACCGUCUUCAUGUCCCUCCACCAGUCCAUCAGCAGACCGCUUCUCCUUUAAAUAUCAAACCAGUAGCUCUUUUUACAGAUAUUAACCCUUCUUUUCACAUACCUCAUGUUUACCCUCACAUAAUGCCUCAUUUUAACCCUUCGUGGUCAGUUUGGGUACCUCAUAUUCUCAGUAAUGCUUCAGUGGCUCGUCACAGUCCCUUCUGCCCCGUCUUUACUCCUCAGCCGUGUAGAGCAAGCCUCGGCGCUCUGGUGGCCUGUGAAGACCCCUGCUGCUCCUCUCGAGUGUUUGGACCAUGUCUGAAGGUUUACUCUGCUCGCGCUCCACACCUGCAGACGAUCCAGACGGAUGGAGAGGUUCAGGAGCGCUUCAGACGCUGGCAGAGACUCCGGGAGACCGCCAGACUCUUCUGCUCCAGUACAUCAGACGCAGACGCUCUGGCCUGCUUCUUCACACGUGUCCUUCCCUCUCUCUCCGCUCAGCGUCCAGAUCUGUCGUUCUCUGCUGCCGUGAACACAGCCCGGCAGGACUGGAACAACAUCUCCGUCUCUGAACGCCAGACACACUACAACACUGCCAGGAUGUUCACUGAGAUGGAAAAACAGGACAAGAGCGCUAACAGAGAUCCAACAGUUCUUCAGACAGACAAACACAAAGGUCAACACCCAGAAGGGAAGAAAACAGGGAGAAGAUUGAAAAAGGGCGUCCAGGAACUCGCCGAGGGUGCGCUGGAUGAGUACUCACAGCUCAUGGACGCUCUGGAGUCAAAGGUCAGCCAUGGGUCAGAGGUCACAGCAGCUGAAGACCAGGAUGUGUGUGAGCUGUUCAUCAACCAGCUGCUCGACGAUACAACUGAGGCUGGUUUGGACAUGGACUACAUCAGCUCUCUGCUCUCCACAGAUGAUUCCCAGGACACACUUCCCGGGAUGAUUCCCGAGCCAGUCGCUGGCUGCUCCGAUUGGAUCUCUGAAGAUCAGAUUGUGUCUCCGUCUGCGGUCCAGAAGGAUUUCAGCGCCUCUGACAGCACACAUCACAUGACGGAGAACGUAUUAGUGCCAUUUCAGGAUAACACCAAUGUGUUUCAAACAUUAGCUCAACCUCUGCUAGCGAACCCCGAGGGCCUAAGUGCCCAAACAGAUCCAAACGCUUCAGUCCAAGAAACUCCUCAUCCUGAUCUUCACCACUUUGGUCCAGAAGUUGACGGAAACCAAAAAGACGAGACGUUGUAUGUUGCUGAACUUGAUUCAGCCACUCAACCCAACUGCUUCAGUCUUCAGAACUACAAUUCCCAUCAUGCAGCAUUCCCUAAAAAUGACCCAGAACCACCAGAAACCCCUGUGAAUGACCACUGCGGAGAGGUAAACAUGGUAGUUGGACAAAAGACGGAGGAAUGUAUGCAUGUAGGACGUGUAAAAGACAAGAAUAACAUGAAUUCAGAAACUCCCAACAAGUCCCAGAGAACGAGAAGGGUUUGUUCCAAACAGACAUUGUCCAACAUUGAGGAAAAUAAUGUACACGGAAAUAAAAAACACAAAAGACGACGGAAGCGCCAAAGGUCUGUCGCAAGAACAUCACCUAAAUUGGACGAUAAAGACAAGAGGUUAAAAACUGCUGCAAACGGAUGUAGAAGGAGUCAAAGGAAAUCAGCAAUGAAACGCAGAGCUCGAGCGCAAGAAACGGAUUCAAAAAUAAUGGUGAAAAAAGUUGAAAUACAGCAGCAGCGUGUGAACAUAACAGAGACGAGGUCCUCAGCGAUGGGAGGUGGGAACUUACACAAACAUGAUGCACAGAUCAGGAAAACUAGGGGACAACAUUUGGUGGGUGAAUUUGAGAGAUUAAAACCUAUCAGACCAGAGCAGCGAACAACAAUGUCCAGAAAAACAGCUAAUCUUAUCGGUCGAAGAGGACCGUGCUGA